AUGGCGUUAAAUUGCCUUCUAUUAUCAACAUUUGAUCGUUGUUUAUCAACAUCAAGAAAUGCUUAUUGGCGACAAUUCUGUUCAAUACCAUUUGCUAAACGUCUUUUCACUAUAACAAUGUUGUUCUUUUCAAUUUCAAGUAUCUUUUGUGUAAUUAUUUAUGAUACUUAUAAUGGUAUAUGUACAACUUUACCUGGUCUUGGAACAAUUAUUCUUGUUAUUUAUGCGAGUAUUUUUCUUUCUCUGGUUCCUCAUGGUGGUGUAUUGAUCUGUGGUAUUAUUACAUGGAUUCACGUACGACAAUCAAGAAAUCGUAUUGAUAUAAUUUCUGCUUCGGAUCAGUCAACACGUGCUGUUCAAAGAAUGCAGCGACAAUUAUUUAUUUUAAUAUUUGUACAAGCCUUUCUAGGAGUAAUAUUAGGUGUUCAACGAGAUAUAUUAAUGCCAUACAGAUUCUUUACUAGCUCAAUACAGAAAAGUGUUGAACGACAACAAGUUGAAUAUAUUCUUCUGCAAUUGAGCACUAUACUUUAUACCAUGAAAUUUGGUAUUUCAUUUUAUAUUCAUUAUGCUUGUAGUAGUAUGUUUCGAAAAACAUUUCAAAUUUCGAUGAAAUCGCUAAUGAAGCGAUGCUUUCAUUUCGGUCCACAUGAUCGAGCACAUUAA